GACGGGGAUCACGUAUGCAUGUCUCAACGCAAUCCCAGAUAAUAGCUCGGGUAACUUUGCUUCCGAAUUUGGCUUCAAGUUUCUGGCAGGGCUUGUCUCAAACGCCCCCAUUCUAAGGCGAUGAUAAUUCCUACCGUGAAGUAGGUACUCCGAAUUGUGCUACGCAGGUAGUCCGUUGAGACAGAGCGACAGAAGCCUGACGGCGGCUCCACGAUGCUGGGGGGUGGAUUAAAGUCUUGUGGUCCUAGUUCCAUCUACAAAGUGCUAAAACUCCGUAAUUGUAUGGGGUAUUAAGCAACAAGGUAGUCGGAUUACAACAGCGGGGUUAGGGUACAUGGAUGCGUAAUGCCUGUACGAGCUGCAUUAAAAUCUCAUCCAUUAUCGAUGAUGCCAUAGUGUCUUAGAUGUCUUGCGGGAGAACAAUUGUGGUACUGCAACCACAACCAAAUUGUUAGGGCACAAAGAAGAAGAAAAAAAAAAAAAAUGCCUGCGAGACCUCUGAUACAGGCGCAGUCACUGCUACGUGGCGGCAGAGCGUCAAAGGUACAUCUACCAGCGAGAUCGGCCAUAGCGUCUGCAUCUGUACCUAUACCGCUUGGAAUUGCCUCUCGCCAUUGCCGAGGCUAUCACAUCUCCUCUAGAGUGCUUGCCUCGUCUCCUUCUAAUGGGGCAAAGAAUACUCCAGAUUCGCAUUCUAGUACAUCUUCCAACUCGGGGGCGUCUCAGAAUGCAUCGCCGUCACGCUGGUCCAGUGGCAGCGUUUUGGCUGUGGCAGCUGCCGCCGCUAUAAGCGGCUGGGGCCUCUCGAGCUUUGUGCCUUUACGGAGCCGAGACACAAGGAGCAAAAGCAAGAACAAAGGCAAAAGCCAUCAGGAUGACAACGAUCUUGGAGAUGAUAAAAACGUAAAGAACGGAAAAAAAGAGCCCGUUUUGCUGGCAGACAAUGAUGAUGGGGAAGUGGGAUUCGCUAAUCGCAAUGAAAUGCAAGAGGCCAUCUCAGAUAUAGUAUGGGAACUUGGGAAUCAAAAAGACAUCAUCUCAACAGACCCUGAAGACUUACAUGCGCACGGCUACUCCAGUUGGUCGACGGUCAAUCCCGAUGAGCUACCUGUUGCUGUGGCCUACCCUCGCACUACUGAGCAUGUUGCUACCAUAGUUCGAGUCUGCCAUCGCCACCGCGUACCUGUCAUCCCAUAUUCUGGAGGCACCAGUUUGGAGGGCAACUUCUCGGCACCCUAUGGAGGCGUCAGCAUCGACUUCGCCUACAUGAAUAACAUCAUCCAGAUCAACAAGGACGACAUGGAUGUGAUUGUACAGCCUAGCGUAGGAUGGCGAGAUUUGAACGAUGAGCUUGCCAAGCUAGGGACAGGGCUAUUUUUCCCGGUUGAUCCUGGCCCGACUGCUAGGAUUGGGGGUAUGAUUGGCACCAACUGCUCCGGAACCAAUGCUGUACGAUAUGGUACCAUGAAGGACUGGGUGAUCAAUUUGACCGUUGUCUUGUCGGAUGGACAAAUCAUCAAGACGCGCAGGCGACCUCGCAAGUCAUCUGCAGGAUACAAUCUCAACAGCCUCUUUGUUGGCUCUGAGGGCACUCUCGGUAUCGUUACAGAAGCAACGCUAAAACUCGCCGUCCUUCCGGAAGAGACGUCGGUAGCGGUUGUGACGUUCCCCAGCAUCCGCCACGCGGCCUCGGCAGCUGCAAGCAUCAUGCAAGCCGCCAUUCCCAUGCAGUGUCUCGAGAUCAUGGACGAGGUGCAAAUGCGAGUCGUCAACUUGAGCAAAUUUACCGCACCUAGGGUCUGGAUUGAAAAACCGACGCUAUUCUUGAAAUUCGCAGGCACCAAGGGCGGCGUCCAAGAGCAAAUCCAGCUGGUGGAGAAGAUUACGGCAACCCACAAGGGCGGCAACUUUGAAUUUGCAAAAGACGAACAGGAGCAAAAGCUGCUCUGGUCCGCAAGAAAAGAGUCACUGUGGUCGAUGCUGUCGCUGAGAAAGGAAGGUGAAGAUGUUUGGAGUACUGACGUAGCCGUGCCGCUUAGUCGACUUGCAGACAUCAUCGAAGUCAGCAAGAAGGAGAUGGACGAGCUGGGCUUAUUUGCUAGCAUCCUCGGCCACAUUGGCGACGGAAACUUCCAUGAGAGUAUCAUGUACAACAAGGAGAAUGAGAGCGAGCGAGCCAAGGUGGAGGCUUGCGUCAAGAAUAUGGUUCGUCUCGCAAUCGAGAUGGACGGCACCUGUACGGGAGAACAUGGCGUUGGAUGGGGGAAGAAAGAGAGCUUGCUGUGGGAAGUUGGCUCCGAGACCGUAGGUGUCAUGGCCGCCAUCAAGAAGUCGCUCGACCCACGCUGGAUUCUGAACCCAGGCAAGAUAAUGGAUGUGCCAUGGGAGAGGCAAGACGAUCACCCUGCUGCCUAGGUAGGCUUAAGCGAGCGUAUCUCUCUUUUGUCGUCAAUCAUUGUUAUUACAAGGAGGUGAAGGAGGGAUGGAGAGCCUGUUGUAUCGAGUCGAGUCGCUUAGAAGGUGGGCAGGAGAAUGAGGAAGAGGAAGAGGACGAAGGAGGAAGGGGUCUGACCGCCAUCUCGCAAGAGGUUGACGAAUGGCCAACUGGUUAAGGAUAAGACAUAUAGAGGAUGCACUGGAUGGAAUCGUCUAGAGUACGUCAUAUUGCUCCAUUAGGAAAUACGCAGCCAUCUAUAGUGCCUUCCUUGAUCUUUGAAGCUGGUAGUCUGCCUUUUUGGUGGGUGCCAUGGAUAGUAGGCUACCUAUACAACCAGACGUGACACCUGCCAGAACACAACUCUCCUGGCCGCUGCUUCACCAGUUUUCCCUCUGCUUGGCUAAAGCUCCU